AUGCAGCCUGAAAAGGGAGAGAGAAGCCUCUCCUUCGUUCUGUCUUUUGCCUGCCUCGAGCCAGGCUUAGUCUCCUCCUAUCCCUGCUCCGUCGGGAUCUCUGUCUGUUCACGUGCUGACUGGUUCUUCGGCACCUGCCUGAGGAUCCCCAGCAUUCAUCUCGGAACAAAGGACUUCUCAAGCCCCCAGACCUUCCCACGAGCCUCCAUUAGCGUUCAGACCUCCUCCCACUAUGAUCCUCUCAUUGAUAUUCCUCUCGGGCAAUUCGUUUUAAUGGACAAUGCAGAGGUUCAAGAGCUCCCAGAAGGAGUCUUUCGGGAUCUCUCCUUCCAGGACAUAUGGGUCAACUACACAGCCUUGAGGAGGAUCCAUCCUUCCGCUCUCCUCCCUUCGAAGGAUAGCCUCGAGACCGUGUCGAUUCGAUUCAGUGACCUGGAGAGUUUCCCGUUCAACAUUUUGCCACAAUUCUCCCGUCUCAAAGAACUUUCCCUCUGGAACAAUUCUUUGACCUCGGUACCUGCAAUCCAAAGUGAUAGCCUGGAGAUUCUGAACCUCCCGUACAAUAACUUGGCAAAUGUGGGUGGGCCUGGAUGGGCGACUCCGAACCUCAGAGAACUCUACCUGAGUUAUAAUCCCACGAUGAAGUUCCCCACCGAAGUGAUCAGGACCUUGGGGAGUCUCGAGAAAUUUUGGUGUUCCGGAUGCAAUCUCGGACCCGUUCUUCGGAGCGGGCUGAUGGAUUUCCGCAGCAGCGCCCUGAGGCAAGUGUGGCUGAAGGAGAACGGGAUAUCGAAAUUAGAACGGGCCGCCAUGACGGGUCUCACGCCUGACACCACGGUUAUCCUCAGCUGGAAUAGGUUCAGGGUCUUAGACGAAUCCAUCAUCCGGCCCAUGCUGGAGGUCAUGUCGGAGGGAGAGGGGUGCUUGUAUCUCGAAACGAAUCCGGUCAAGUGUGAUUGCGGCUUGACUUGGUUGGCAUUUUCCUAUGACUUAUUGAGAAACUAUAAGGGGACAUGUGAGGAUGGAACCGAUUUUAAAAACCUGGAGCAGAUGCCAUCCGUAAAGAAUUGUCGUACAUGUCCAUACGAUUGCGUCAGUGGUCCGCCCCAAUCUCACUGUAAAGCUGGGGAAAUAUUUCCCACAAAAGAAAACAAGUGCAUCACAGAGGAAGCUUGUGGCAAACUGGUAAUUCCAAGAAAUACGACCCCAAGAACAGCAAGGCCGAGAGUUUGUUCUUGUCCUGCCCCAGGAGGUCUGGGCACUGUUACUCGCCACAUAUGUUCUGAGCCCGAUCAAGCUUGCUGCCGGUCCUCAGGCACGGCAAAGACAAGUGGUUCAACGACAGGUGAAGAAACGAAUGGAGAAGUGAAAGAAAAUGGAGAAGCAAAUGAAGAAGUCUGCCUAUGUCCUGACACUGAUGGAUACUCCUGCGUAGAAGCAAAUGUGGCCGUCUGUGAUCCAGGCUCUGUCAUCCACUUUGCCUGUCCAAAGUAUACGCAAGUAUGCUGCCGGCCCUCCACCAUCCGCCGUAAGCUGGUGCCUUUGCCCAGUCCGGUCGAGGUGCUACCUUGCCCUUCAUCUCACGGGUGCCUUGAUCCUGGCCUCAGAAAAAUGUGCAAACCUGGGUCGGAAGUCCAAAAAACGGAAUGCAACGGUAAGCGAAUCUGCUGCGCCAUCGAUAUGGCCUCCGUGGUAAUUCCGCCUGCAUUGCCGCCUUGUCCCAACGAAUGUGUAUCCCCGAACGAUGUUGACUCGUGUGACCCAGAAACAGUCAAGAAGGAAACGAAGUGCAGCGAAAAGCAGGAAUAUUGUUGCAAGACAAAGACUCCGAGUUCGAAAGAGACUCUAGCAACCACCGACGCUAACAGUAUUGACUAAUUCCGACCACAACCCAUGGAUUCACUUCACCCAUGCUACAGGCGGCAUUGCUCCUGUGGAUCGAAAAUAGUAAUAGGAGCUGCCAGCGGUUUUCAAAGGAAAUAUCAAAGUUCUUCUGCCAUCAUUUCAAAAUUCCCUUGCAUCACUAACUUUGUUGAGGAUGACGGUUUUACUCAAUCCUAAAUUUCCGAGGUUUUUUUUAAAAUCAUUAUUGAGGCUUUUCAGAAUGCGAGAAUAGCAUGACGUGUCUCGAGCAACCGGAUCCAUCGGGUUUCACCGAGAGGGAGAGAAAGAUCUGCGAAAGAAAAAUUGUUUGAUUGAGGGAAAUUGAGGAAAACUGCCCGAAGGAUGAAGGAUUGCAACCGUGAAAGCUGCUCACCAACGAGAUCACGACAUUCGAUUUAGUAGUUAGUACAAAAAAAUGGAGUUUUUCUCGAACUUAUUGUUUCGUGCCGUCUUAAUAAGACGAUAGAACUGGCUGGAAAGGUUCAUGAUAGUAUAUAUUCACGCCGAAUGCAAAAACUUGUAGGAAAUGCCAGGAAAGAGGAAGUAGACUUUCCUGUUUAUGAAUAUAUUCUUGUCGCUAGUACGAAAAAAUGAAAAGUUUGAUUGUGAUUCGGCCUCACGAGAGAGAAAUGAAAGGAGCGUUUCUCAGAAUAGACUUUUUGUUUUCAAAUUAUCCCUGUCUCUCUCUCUCUCUCUCUCUUCGCUGGAGUUUGAAAAUUUUCAGGGAAAAUUGCAAAAAACGUCCAAAAAGACCGAAGGGGAAAUUGCACUGCCACUUUCGUAGGUACUCAUCGUUCCUGCCCCUAACAUUAACACGGUCCCCAACAAAUCUGUCUGCUUUUUGAGAGAUCCUGUACGUGAGGCAUGCAUUUUACUAUUGUCACAAUAAAUUCGUUACUCACUUA